CAUCACUAAGCUCACCUUCCCCUUCCUGUCCUCCAUGCCAACCAUGGCAUAUGCCGCGAGAUAUUCCCAGCAGCGUGCUAGUAGCUAACCCAUCUUGCACUCCUCCCCAACAAUGUCUAAUCUCCCUCACAAGUCACACUCACCCCAUGCCCAUCUCUCCCCAACAAUGCUUGCCGUUACACUUGCCAAACCACGACGCCAUCACAUAUAUACAUAUAUAAAAGUUUGUGAGUACGUGUAUUUUAUGCAUAGAUCUUACUAGCUACAAGCUGCUGGGCUGAGCGACCAAACCAGUCGUCGUUGGGUGCUGAAGCAUUGCGAGACAGACACAGAAGAGAUGAAGUUUGGGAAGAGGCUGAAGAAGCAGGUGGAGGAGAGCCUCCCGGAGUGGCGGGACAAGUUCCUGGCGUACAAGCGCCUCAAGAGGCUCGUCCGCCUCGUCCCGGCGGACCCGUCGGCGCCCCGCCGGAGGAGGGCGGCGGAGGCUGCCUUCUUGCGGCUGCUCGACGGCGAGGUCGACCGGUUCAACGCCUUCUUCCUGGAGCGGGAGGAGGACUUCGUCAUACGCCACAGGGAGCUGCAGGAGGCGGUGAAGAAGGUGGCGGCGGGCGAUCAUGAGCCGGCGGCGCCGCGGCGAGCGGCGGAGAUGAGGAGGGUGCGAAGGGAGGUCGUCGACCUGCACGGGGAGAUGGUGCUGCUGCUCAACUACAGCGCCAUCAACUACACAGGGCUGGCCAAGAUCCUCAAGAAGUACGACAAGCGCACCGGUCGGCUCCUCCGGCUGCCCUUCAUCGAGAAGGUGCUCGGGCAGCCCUUCUUCGCGACGGAGCUCAUCUCCGGGCUCGUCCGCGAGUGCGAGGCCACCAUGGAGGCCGUAUUCCAGGCCGGCGGAGGGCGUUCCGGCGCCGGUACCACCCCCCUGGCGGCGGCGGCGGCCGCCGAGCAGGGCAUCUUCCGGAACACCAUCGCCGCGCUGGUGACCAUGGGCGAGCUCCGCAGCGGGAGCUCCACGUACGGGCACUUCUCGCUGCCGCCGAUGGCCUCGCCGGAGUGCGACCUCAUGCUGUGCAUCAAACUCGCCGACCCCGUACCAAUCUGAGACGUGGGAAUGCGUCCCUCGUGUGCGUUGUUCGUACACGGGAUUCUUCCGUGGCCAUUUACCGAAGCCAGAUUGUCGUCGUAGUACAAGAUAGCAAUGCAGAGAAAUGUGACUACUACUUCAGAAUCAUUCAUCGUUCAGACAUGAAAAAUUAUUUACUAUUA